AUGACGGGUGGCAAUCGGUUUACGUUGAACCCGUUCCCCGACUUGAUCUUGACGCCCGACGACCGCGCGCAGCUCAUUGCCAUUGCCCAUGACCUCGUGCUGGAGAAGUUUGUCGAGUACCAAGAGCACUUGACGAGGCACAAGUUUGUCGACCCGACGCAGUGGAAAAAGUAUCAAAAGGACGGGAGCACGACCAUGUACUUGGACCGGCGGAAACGAGCCGAGGCAGAGGACUCGCCCCUCCCGGCGUUGCUCAUGGUCGGGCCAUUGCCCGGCACGCUCGACGAAAACAUGUUUGGCCUCGUGAGUCCCACGCUCGAAGCCAUGCGGAUCAAGUCGUCGUACUUGCGCGACUUUAACGCAGCGGCUGUGCUCGCAACGAUUGUCGAGCCGACGGAAAUGGACCCGUUCCGCUCGCUCGUGGUCAAGUGGAUGGAGAUUGACAUCCCUGGCGCGUCGAUCGGCUUUGUGCGCAAUCGCGACUACAUUUACCUCGAGAGCACGGGCAUUAUGCGACUGGACACUAGCGAGCGCGUGGGGUACCACUUGUUGCACUCGGUGAGCUUUCCCCAGACACAUGCCCUACCGAACCGCGUGCGCGGGAAAAUGUCCUUUUGCGGCAUGUUUUACCAAGAAGGACCGGACAAGACCGACUGCCGCGGCACGGGCGUGUUGGACCCGGGCGGCGACAUGAUCCGCACGUUGGGGGUCAUGGGCAUGGCCCAAGCGACGAUGGCCGGGCUCAAGUACUCGUACUGCGGUCAGAUGAAAAAACUCGCCUGGCUGCUCGAGCAAAAGCACAAUGAAGCACGGGACCAUGGCCUCCCUGCGAUCAAACCCGAGUGCGUGACGUGCAAGAAACGCGUGCACCGACGGACGUUUGGCGACUUUGGCCGCUCGAGCCGCAGGUGCAAACUCUGCUUUGGGACCGUGUGCACGUCGUGCACAAUUGCCAAGAAACUCAGCUUUAUUGCUCCAGACCUCGAGAUGAUGCAGCGCAAAGUGGAAUUCUGUGCCCGCUGUUUGAUUGAUGCCACGCGUAUGGAUACGGAAGAAGCUGCGCGCGAGCAAUUUGUCUACAAACACACGUCGUCGUCGAGUGUGUAUGGCUCGUCGGGUCGAUACUCGUACACUACGUCGCACUCGGACGAGACGCUGAGUAUCUACGAUCAAUAA